AUGGCUUCCUCAGCUCCUUCUGAUGGAACGGGUAUUAUCGACCUUGAUCCGUGGCUAGAGCCUUUUCGGGAGGCUAUUCAGCGGCGAUACAAAUAUGUCGAGAGCUGGAUCAAGACCGUUGAUGAGACAGAGGGAGGCUUAGAUAGGUUCAGCAAGGGCUACGAGAAGUACGGUUUCAACAUUUCCGAGAGCGGCGAUAUCACUUACAGAGAAUGGGCUCCGAAUGCCGUGGAAGCUGCGCUGGUCGGGGACUUUAACAAUUGGGAUAACAAGGCCAAUCUCAUGUCGAAGAACGACUUUGGUACCUGGGAGGUUACUCUUCCAGCGAAGGACGGUGUUCCCGUGAUUCCGCACGACAGCAAAGUAAAGAUCACUAUGGUUACACGCAGCGGAGAGCGAAUAUACCGAAUCCCCGCGUGGAUAAAGCGUGUUGUACAGGAUCUGAAGGUGUCUCCCAUCUACGAGGCCGUGUUUUGGAAUCCGCCCCGGGAACAGCAAUAUCAGCUUCAGCAUGCUCGCCCUCGGAAGCCUGAAAGUCUGCGAAUCUACGAGGCUCAUGUGGGCAUUUCCUCUCCGGACACCAGAGUCGCGACCUACAAGGAGUUUACUGCCAACAUGCUUCCUCGGAUCAAGUACUUGGGGUACAAUGCUAUUCAGCUCAUGGCUAUUAUGGAGCAUGCAUACUACGCCAGCUUUGGCUACCAGGUCAACAAUUUUUUCGCAGCGAGCAGUCGCUAUGGAAACCCUGAAGAUCUUAAGGAGCUCGUUGACACCGCGCAUAGCAUGGGCUUGGUGGUACUUCUCGACGUUGUGCACAGCCAUGCCUCAAAGAAUGUUGAUGACGGACUGAAUAUGUUCGAUGGUAGUGACCAUCUUUAUUUCCAUUCGGGCCCUAAGGGUCAGCACGAGCUAUGGGACAGUCGGCUAUUCAACUACGGAAACCAUGAAGUGUUACGAUUCCUCCUUAGCAAUCUCCGUUUCUGGAUGGAGGAAUAUGGCUUCGACGGGUUCCGAUUCGACGGAGUUACCAGCAUGCUUUACACGCAUCACGGUAUUGGAACGUAG